AUGCAAAGCAGUCUUGCUAAAAAAAACAACAGUGGGGUCAGUGUCCGCGCGCUCCUCGGUUUCGUCCUGUUUCUCCUGAUCAUCUCAACGCUCUUAGGCAACACUCUUGUGUGUGCAGCUGUGGUCAAAUUCAGGCACCUCCGUUCCAAAGUCACCAACUUCUUUGUCAUAUCUCUGGCCGUGUCGGAUCUGUUCGUGGCGGUUUUGGUGAUGCCAUGGGAGGCUAUUUCCGCCGUGGCUGGGACGUGGCUCUUCGGGCGUUUCUGUGGUAUCUGGAUCGCUUUUGACAUCAUGUGCUCCACCGCUUCCAUCCUCAACUUGUGCAUCAUAAGCGUGGAUCGGUACUGGGCUAUUGCGAGCCCAUUCCGUUAUGAACGGAAGAUGACACACCGAGUUGCGUUUAUGAUGAUCGGGGUGGCGUGGACUCUCUCUAUACUGAUCUCCUUCAUCCCCGUACAGUUGAAUUGGCACAAAGCGGAGGAAGAAGAGGCCGCGGCUGGUAAUAGCAGUAACUACACCGAUAACUGUAAAGCUAACUUGAACAGAACUUAUGCCAUCUCCUCUUCGCUGAUAAGUUUCUAUAUCCCAGUUGUUAUUAUGAUUGCCACUUACACAAGAAUUUUCCGUAUUGCGCAAACACAGAUACGCAGGAUAUCCUCCUUGGAGAGAGCAGUAGAGCAAGCGCAAAACAAUCACCACACCAGCGACUGUGCUAACGAGAACUCCCUCAAAACAACUUUUAAGAAAGAGACCAAAGUUUUGAAAACUCUCUCCAUCAUCAUGGGCGUAUUUGUGUUUUGCUGGUUACCCUUUUUCGUUCUAAACUGCAUGGUACCGUUCUGUCAAUGCGUAAGUGACACCACGUUCACCAUCUUCGUGUGGUUCGGAUGGGCUAAUUCUUCCCUGAAUCCCGUGAUUUACGCGUUCAACGCAGACUUUAGAAAGGCGUUUUCUUCAAUUCUGGGAUGCAAUAGAAUUUUCCCCAGCACCACUGUGGAGGCAGUGAACUUCAGCAAUGAACUGGUGUCGUACCACCACGAUACAACUCUCCAAAAGGACGCGCAAGCCCUAAACGUCCAGCCUCCACAUACCGUGUCUAAUCCCCGAGAAGACCCGAGUCUCCCAUUCGAUAAGUCGUCAGUAACAUCCAAUGCGUCACGGAACCACAAACAUCUGCUGUUACCUACCAUCGGGCAGUUCGAGUGUGAUGGAGAAAUCUCCUUGGACACCAUCACCCCCUUCACCUCGACUGGACUCAUGGAGUGCGAGGGUAUUCCAGGGCAAAUGAUCAGUGAAUGA